AUGAAUAUUUUAAGAAGUCGAAGUUUUUCUGACUCCGACUCCAGUAACCCAAGAAUUGCUUCCGACUCCAACUCUACAGCCCUGGGUUUUACUACAGCACAAACUGAUGCUUGGAUAAAACCUAGUAAAAUGAUCAGGAAGUUUUACCAGACCAAUGCUGAUGAUUACAAUCCUUGCUGGGAUUCAGGAGGGUUAGGAGCUGUACGAAACUCGAGGUACCACUGUAUAUUUGUACUUCUGGUUUUUAUCAUUUUACUUUAUAUUUAUGAAAAUUUAAUUUCUACAGCUGGAGGACGGUUUGAAGUGGAUGAGAAAUCUGGUGUUGUACGAACACGUGGAUCGGAAAUGUUUCAGCUGGACAUGGAAUAUGUUUUGUAUGUGAAAGCUGAAGACCAAAAUGGGAGGAUUGAUGACAAACAUUUCCAAUCAACACCUGAAGAACGUUUGUCUAUCGUAGGUGGCAAACGGCCACCACAGUUUUACCUUCCAAAAUAUGAGAAAACCAUCCCUGAAAAUGCAGCCAAAGAUGCAGAUAUCAUCUCCGUUAAAGCUAAAUCUUUUGCUGAUCGAGAAAUAAGAUACACAUUAAAAGCUAAAGGCCAGGGUGCUGGGACAUUUAAUAUUGGACCUACAUCUGGUAUAGUCAAGUUGGCGAAGGAACUAAACUUCGAGGAUGUUCGUCAACCACACAUCUAUCAGUUGGUUGUCACAGCAACAGAAGAUUCUGGUGGUUUCUCUACUGCAGUUGAUCUAACAAUUAAGGUGACAGAUGUCAAUGACAACCCGCCAAAAUUUGAUCUUCCUGACUACCAGGCACACAACAUAGAUGAAGACAUUCCAAUUGGUUCAUCUAUUCUCAGGGUGAAAGCACGUGACGAAGAUUCUGGCACAAAUGCUGAAAUUACAUACUCUGUUUCUGAUGACCACUUUCGUGUAGACAACAAAGGAAUAAUAUAUAACCGCAAAACCCUUGAUGCUGAUGACAACAAUGCUUAUUAUGAAUUUAUGGUUACAGCUACUGACAGAGGUGAACCAGCAAAAGAAGGUACUGCUACAAUUCGUAUCUACACUAAAAACAAGAAUGAUGAAGAACCCAACUUUUCACAGCAAGUCUACACCCCAAAUGUUGAUGAAAAUGCAGGACCGAACACACUAGUAACAACUGUUGUGGCAUCAGAUAAAGAUGGUGAUAAUGUGGAGUUUGGUUUUGUUGGUGAAGCCCGCAAAUCUGGCCAGUUUGUAAUUGAAAAGAUGACUGGAGUUAUUAGGUUGCACAAUGGACCCAUUUCCCUUGAUCGUGACAAAUAUGAACUGAACGUCACUGCUGUUGAUGAUGGUAAUUGUUGCCCUGGUGGACAGCAUUUACGGCAUACUUCAACAGCUGUUGUUGUCGUCUUUAUUACUGAUGUCAAUGAUAACAAGCCUGUUUUCAAGGACUGUGCAUCUUAUCAUGCGAAGGUGGAAGAGUCGGCACCAAAUGGUUCACCUGUCAUCACUGUGCAUGCUACAGACGAAGAUAAAGGUGUCAAUGGACAGGUCCGCUACAGUAUUGUCCAGCAGCCUAACCAGAAAGGUACAAAGUUCACAGUUGAUCCUGAAACUGGAGAUGUAACAACCAACAAGGUGUUUGAUCGAGAAGGAGAAGAUGGAAAGUUUGUCUCUGUUACAGUAAAGGCCACUGAUAAUGGAGAUCCAUCACUAGAAGGUGUUUGUUCCUUUACUGUGGAGAUCACAGAUAUCAAUGAUAAUCCACCUUUAUUUGAUCGGCAGAAAUACAUAGAGAACGUGAAGCAGGAUACAAAUGUGGGAACAAAUAUUCUACGUGUUUCUGCAUCUGACGAAGACGCUGAUAACAAUGGUGCCAUUAUCUACAAUCUGACAUCAGCAGCAAAUCCAGGAGACCUGGAGUACUUUGAGGUCCAGCCAGAGUCAGGAUGGAUCAUUCUCAAGAAGCCUUUAGACCAAAAUUGGUCGGUCAAUGAAGCAGGGAACAACAGCCUUAAGAAUGUAAAUGUGGAUAUACUGGAUAAUGAGCGCGGGGAGUACGAGGUGAUUGUAACGGCCACGGACCAGGGUCAAACUCCUCUCACCUCGGAGGUACUGGUUCGUCUCAGUAUUGUGGACCGAGCCAACCGCCCACCCGUGUGGGAUCAGCGGGUCUAUGAGCCCAAGAGGAUCUCAGAGAAUAUUAGUGUGGGUCAGACCGUCUACUCCAUCAAGGCCAGUUCUGGUAUAAAGGAUAACCCAGUAGUGUUCUAUCGAAUCAUCCGAGGCUCCACAGCACAGACCAACAAGCAUGAUACAUUCUACUUGCAACAACGUCCAGACAAUGGUGACACCUGGGCCGACAUCAAGGUCAACCACCCAUUAGAUUAUGAGAGUAUAAAGGAAUACAACUUAACAGUCAGAGUUGAGGUAAGUCUUUAAACUUUCAUUAACAAA